UUGAAAUUUUUUGUGUUUACUUUGGUUGUGUUGUGCUUGUGAUUGUCUUGUUGGUUGAUUCGAUAAAGAUUUUGUUUUGCUGGUUUGUUGCUUGUUAUUUGGAUAACUACUAUCAAAAGGAGGGAGUGCGGAGAAUGGAAUGCAACGCAGAGAGUGCGACCGCGAAGUAAAACAUUAUAUCGUUUCAGUUGACUUGUACCUAACUAGAAGUGUAGUCGCAUUAUUACGGUGUUUUUUUAUCUUAAACGAAGUUUAAAUUUUAGUUUACACUUUGCCGUAUAUUCCUUGAGUUAUUCUGAUAUUGAAAUAAUCUACAAAAUGGAGCGUAAAUUUAUAAAUGUAAUAAUUCUGGGUUUUGGUUUUAUGUUUGUGUUUACUGCAUUCCAAACUAUGGGAAAUAUAGAGAAAACCAUAUUGGACAGUAUAUCACAAGAUGACUCGUCGUUCACCGGCGAUGGGUACACUUCACUGGCCAUCAUAUACGCGACACUGGCUGUCUGCAACUGGAUGGCACCCUCCAUCAUCACCAUCACCGGACCUAGGGGGGCCAUGAUUAUCGGGGCCCUUACUUAUCUGUUCUUCAUUGUAUCCUUCCUGUUUCCUCGCACGUGGCUGUUGUAUGCGGCGAGCGUGUUGAUAGGCGCCGGAGCGGCCGCCAUAUGGACCGGCCAGGGCAACUACCUGACACUCAACAGCGAUGCGGAGACCAUCUCGAGGAACUCGGGAGUGUUCUGGGCUAUGCUGCAGUGCAGUCUCUUCUUCGGCAACCUGUUUGUGUACAUAAAGUUCCAAGGCAAGAGCCACAUCGACAAGGAAACUCGUAAUGUGGUGUUCGGCGCGCUGACGGGCGUCUGCGCGGUCGGAAUCGUGUUCCUUCUGCUGUUGAGACCCGCUAGGCGGACGCCUACACUUGAAGAUGCUAAGGGUGAAAUCAGGACUCAGGAAGAAGGCCCGAUGGAAGCUUUUAAAGGCGCUUUAAAGCUUUUCUGCACACGUGAUAUGCUGUUGUUGAGUAUCACAUUUAUUUACACUGGUGUGGAGCUGUCAUUCCUGAGUGGUGUUUACAGCCCCAGUAUCGGCUUCACAUUGGCGAUGGGGGAAAAUGCUAAACAGCUGGUCGGUCUAUCGGGUGUGUUCAUCGGCGUCGGAGAAGUGCUCGGUGGAGCUUUGUUCGGCAUACUCGGAAACAAGACGACUCGUUGGGGCCGCGACCCGAUCGUGAUCAUGGGCUACUUGAUCCACCUGUGCUGCUUCUUCCUGAUCUUCAUAAACUUACCGACUACUGCCCCCUUCGGAGAUACCAGCGACGUCUCAUACAUCAAUCCGUCCCAGUACCUGGCGAUGUUCUGCAGCUUCCUACUGGGCUUCGGGGACGCGUGCUACAAUACGCAGAUCUACUCUAUAUUGGGAGGGAAUUACUCCGAUAACAGCACGUCAGCUUUCGCACUGUUCAAAUUCACUCAGUCAAUAGCAGCGGCGGCGUGUUUCUUCUACUCUUCAAAGGCUAAUUUAUCAGUGCAGCUGAUUAUCUUAGGCAUAUUGGCGUCAUUAGGUACCGGGGCCUUCUGCCGUGUAGAAUGGAAGGGCCGGCAAAGAGCUCGAGCUGCUGCCUUAGAAGCUAUAGACGAUAAAAUCAACCCCGCCGCGCAUUCCCUUGCAGACAACGCCUUACAUUACGACUGAACUUCGAGCGGCGGUUUAAAACCUAUUUUGAGAUAUGUUUCAGACUGAAUUCAAGAAGUGAUUGUGUUUCUUGAUUUAAAAAGAGUCAUAAAGGUCGUCAGCUUCUAAAAUUUUUUUGCAGUCCAUUUUCGGAAUUCGAAACGUUCCAGGAACUCUUUUGUAUUGGUAUCUUUUUUAACAAACAAGCUUUUUAAAGACAACUUUAACGGCAUGGCAUUGGAUAUUUAAGUAUAAAUUUCAGAUACUAGAGAGGUAUGAUGUAUGUGCCCAUUUUGAUGAUUAUAUUUUAUGAAUUAAAUAAUCUUGGUGCCAUUAAUGAAAAGGCAUCUGGACCGAGAGUUGCAUGCAUAUGAAGAUAAAUAUUAUUGAUAAGGUAAUGACGAUUCUUAAAAUAUUAUACUUUGAUUUGUAUUGGAUGCUUGAUAAUGCUUCUAUGAGUAUUAAAAAAUCGGUAAGCAGUCGUUUUUUUGUAUUAAAUUCGAAUAUUUUUUUUUACAUAACUUUUCAAUAUUUAUUAGCAGAAUAUUUAAUGUGUAAUUUCUAAUUACAUACUGCUACAUGCACAAGAAGUAAGCCUUAUAAAUGUAAAUUUUUUAUCAAUAAUAAAAACUAUGUAUUCAUUUAUUUAUUUUGGCGAAUCAACUAUAAAUACUAGAAUAGGCUUUUUCAACGCUAGGUAUGUACAUAUUUGUUAUUUUUUUUUUUAGACAAUGUUUUUACUGAUUAAAAUUAGGGGAAAAAAGGGAUUUUAAUGCAUUAGUGACAUUAAAAAGUAGAUAACUAAUGAAGACAAAUGAACAUUUUGACUGCAGUUGCCAAUUAAAAAAUUAAUAAUAAUAAGUUUGGAUUAUUACGUUGGAGUGAUACUCUUAAUUGUACAUAAAGUAUUUUAAGGAAAACAAUGUAAUAAAUUGAUUAAAAUUAUUGCAAUGAGAAGUAUAUUAAAUGUACAAAUGAGAUAUUUGAAUAUACACUUGAUUUUACUAUUCAAAUUGAUUGAAGUUUCAGAAUUCAAGGCUUUUUAGUGUCAUGUUAAAAAGAAGAGUUACUUUAUAUAAUUAUAGAUAUUUUUCAGUGUUUGUUAAAAAACUAAAUAAAAUGUUAUUUGUGUACAUAUUAUUGCUAAUGUGAAUUAGAGAUUGUAAUUAAAAACAUUACAUAUUUGAGUAGUUGUGUAAAAAAUAAAAUGACAUUCUGCAUUAAAACUAUUUAUAAUUAUGAAUGGAGACAAGAAUAUUUAUUUAGAUAUCAAUGAAAUUCAGAUUAAAAUGUUUUUUUUGUUGUAUGUUGUAAAAAUAUGGAAAGAUACAUGGGUAGUUGGCUAAACUAACAGGUGCUGAUAUAUUAUUUAUAUACAUUAAAUUAUAUAGUUUUUUUUAUUAUAGCUUCUAUUUGAUAGAAGUUCAAAUCUAUUUGAUAAAAAUCAAAUUUUCAAAGAAAAUAUAUUUAUUAUUCUAAGCUAGAAACAUAUUUACUUAACUCUGUAAAUGCUUUUAUUUUCUUGUAAGAAUUCUGUAAAAUGGUUUAUCAUCAACUAAUUUAUUGAUUAAUUAUAACACUUAAGAUUUCUUGCUAUUGUUUCAGAACUUGUUUCAUACAUUCCUUUAAUAAAUAUCAUAUUGGAGCAUUUAUCCUUUUAGAAAAAACGAUUGUGAUUAUAUCAUUUAAUAAAAAUAAUUAUAAUAAGAAUGUUUGUUACCUACCGUGCUGACUUGAAUAGUGAGAUGUAUUUUUGAUAAAGUUCUAGAUGGCAGUAACACUGUCUAGUCAAAUGUUACUACAUAAACACUGGCAAACUUUUUGAGCAACAACCAUAAAUAAGGAAGCCUGCUCUGUAGCUAUUUUACACACAAAUAUGUUUACUGCUCUAUUUUUUUGUUUGUGGUUUUGCUCAAGAAGUUUGCUGCUACCUAUACUAAUGUGCAAUGAUUGUGUAAGUAAUCCAAUAUUGGAAAUGUUACUAAAGCAUACCUAAUAAAAACCAUUAAGCUUCAUUUUUUUCUUUUAUUGACUCUAUUUAUUAAAUUAUCAACUCUCUAAUUUAAAAUCGUUUGAAUAAAUAGCAAACUUUGGAUGCCUAUUUCAAUAUGAUUUUUUAAAUGUAUGUAUACCCUAAUCCAUCUAGACUCAAGAAACAGGUGUUUAAGUAUAUCCUGGUUUAUCAAUAUUGUAUAUAUAUAAAUACCUUUUGAUCUAAAUAUAAUUAAAUAUUGCAACAAUAGAAUGCUUUUUAUAAAAGAAAUAUGCCAAUGGUAUCAUAACAACCACAUUAUAUAACUGCCAUAUUAUAACUUUUACAAGAAGUUUGGAUUCUAGAUCUAAGGAAGAUAGAUAAUGUCAAAAUUAACUAAACAUGAACUUAUUAGUAAGUUCAUGCUUGCUGAUGACAGUUCCAAGCACACAAAUAAGGUGUGACUUAAAAUACAGAUUUAUAAUAAAUCAAUACUUUAUUACUACAUAACAGUUACAUUAAUCAAUUACCUAUCAGCUAUUUUUGGUUGUUUUCAGAAUCUUCUAUUUCUCCCAACUUGAAAUCCAUAGGUUUAUCAUAGCCCAUGAGUUUAGCAUAAUGUAGAGGAUUAUUGAAAUGUCUUGCUUCAACAAACAGAGGUUUGCCUUUAGCAUGGAAGGUUGUGAACAUCCCGGGAAUAUCAGGCACACUCACAUCAUCACAAUUGAAUUCCAGCUGUAAUAGUCAAUAAAAUACCAUUAAAAUUAUACAAUAUUAAAAUAUUGCCUUAAUAAAUAGUUUAAAAAUAUGUUUACCUCUUUUUCUGUCAGGAAGAAGUUAAUUGUAGUAGCCUUGUAUGUGCCUUUUUUCGGAUCAUAAUGCAUUUCUGUAACAUACUUUUUAGUAAUAAAAUGCAAUAGCAGUGGUGUGAUGAAAGUGAAGAAUCCAACCAUUGAACAAAUGACUACAAGGAGUGAUGUGCUCCCUAUAGUUGAAGCCUGCUUUACAAUAAUAGGUUGUGCCAUUAGACCAGCAACACUUGAUGUUAAUGAAAAUAUUUUGACAGCUUUAAUUUGAGGCGUCAGAGGACCAUAAUAAACUUGUUCCAAUUGUUCCUCCUCUUGUGUACCGCUGGAAUAUCUUCGGAAGAGUUGGUUUUGGCAAAUAGCCAUACAUUUUAAUUUUGAUGAUAGUUGCUUUUGAACGAUACUUUUAAAUGCAUACCUCGAUUGCGAGCAUGUGCUCUGUAGGUAAAGUCGGAACAUUUUGCCCUUUUUGAUUUAAUUCUACACAGGUUUAAAGGCCAUUAAUUAUGUAAAGAUUCGUCCUUUUCGCAAAUGAAAAUAACAAGGUCCAUGUCAGAC